AUGACGUAUUAUCUUCCCCAAUCCAUAAUUCUCCUCUCCCUCAUCCUUUCCACCCUCACCAUCUCCACCAUUGCCCAAUCCAAGCCCAGAUCCCUAAUCCUCCCGCUAACAAAAGACCGCGCCACCAACCAAAUCCUCACCCGCAUCGAAAUCGGCACCCCCCGAGUCUCCCGUAACUUCAUCGUCGACAUUGCCGGCCGACAGCUCUGGCUCGAUUGCUACAGCGGAUACUCCAACUCCUCCUCCACUUACCGCCUCGCCCGCUGCGGCUCCGCCGCCUGCUCCGUCGGCAAAGCCGACUGCCCGGGUCCCUGCCUCCUCCCCCCGCGCCCGGGCUGCUUCAACAACACCUGCGUCGUCCUGACCCGAAACCCGAUCCGGACGACAGCUGGCAUUUCGCCCCUCUCCCUCGAUACGGUGUCGCUUCACUCCACCUCCACGAGCGGGGCACGUGGCGGGCCCCGCGUCUCCAUCCCCAAUUUCAUCUUCGCCUGCGAAGAUGAAUUCCAGCUCGACAACCUAGCCGCCGGGGUAGAAGGCGCCCUCGGCCUCUCCAGCGAGCGAAUUGGCCUCCCGUCGCAGAUCUCGACCGCCUUCGGCGGCUCCCUCCGCCGCGAAUUCGCACUCUGCCUGCCGUCGGAUCCGAAUUCCGACGGCGUCCUGUUCCUCGGCGCCGCCCCUUACGUCAUCGCGAACAGAGUCGAUUACUCGACGAGAUUCAGGUACACGAGGCUGGUGAAGAAUUACGAGCGCACCGCUUCCCCCAACGUCCCCGGCGCCGAGAUCCCGGCCUACUUCGUCAGAAUCACCUCGAUCCUCGUGUCGGAAUCUCCGAUUCCGAUCAAUUCCUCGCUCCUCGAGUUCCGCCGGACCGGGAUCGGCGGCUCCGCGAUCAGCACGGUGGAUCCGUACACGAUUCUCGACAGCUCGAUCUACAGGUCGCUGGUGAGCGCGUUCGAGAGGAGCGGAGCGAUGGGGAAUGUGAGUAAGGCGGCAGCGGUGGCGCCGUUCGGGAACUGUUACGAGAAGAAGGACCUGUCGAUUGGGAGGAUGGGAUUGGAGGUGCCGAAGAUUUCGCUGGUGUUUGAGAGCAGGGAGGUGAAGUGGGAUUUGUUUGGGGAGAAUUCCAUGGUGGACGUAAACGACGACGUUGCGUGCUUGGGGUUUGUGGACGGUGGUUCCGAUACGACGUCGUCUAUUGUCGUUGGGGCGCAUCAGAUGCAGGAUAAUUUGGUGCACUUCGACCUGCAUUCGUCGAGGAUGGGGUUCACUAAUUCGUUGUUGUUGGAAGGGGUUCGAUGCUCGUUAUUUCACAUUUGA